AUGUAUCAGAGCCCGCGGCGGCUCUUCUCGGCCCUGCUGCAGAGGGACGCGCUCGGCCUGCGCCGCCUGCCCGCCCCCGGGCUGCGCCGCCAGUCGCCUCCGCCGGCGGCCGUCCCCCAGCCCGCUUCCCCCCGGCUCCUGGUGGCGGCCUCCGCGGCCUCAGACGCCGCGAGGUCGUGUUCCCGAACAGUGUGUUCCAUGGGAAACGGUACGAGCAGACUCUAUAGUGCUCUCGCCAAGACACUGAACAGCAGCGCUGCCUCCCAGCACCCAGAGUAUUUGGUAUCAUCUGACUCAGAACAUCUGGAACCCAUUGAUCCUGAAGAGCUCCUUGAGGAAUGCAGGGCUGUCCUGCACACUCGACCUCCCCGGUUCCAGAGGGACUUUGUGGAUCUGAGGACAGACUGCCCUAGUAGCCACCCACUUAUUAGGGUCAUGCAAUGGAACAUCCUCGCCCAAGCUCUAGGAGAAGGCAAAGACAACUUUGUACAAUGCCCUGUUGAAGCACUGAAGUGGGAGGAAAGAAAAUGUCUCAUCCUAGAAGAAAUCCUAGCCUACCAUCCUGAUAUAUUGUGCCUCCAAGAGGUGGACCACUAUUUUGACACCUUCCAACCACUCCUCAGUAGACUGGGUUAUCAAGGCACUUUUUUCCCCAAGCCCUGGUCACCCUGUCUAGAUGUGGAACACAACAAUGGGCCGGAUGGCUGUGCCUUGUUCUUUCUCCAAAACCGGUUCAAGCUAGUCAGCAGUGCCAAUAUUAGGCUGACGGCCAUGACACUGAAAACUAAUCAAGUGGCCAUUGCACAGAUUCUCGAGUGCAAGGAGUCUGGUCGACAGUUCUGCAUUGCUGUCACCCACUUAAAAGCACGCACUGGCUGGGAGCAGUUUAGAUCUGCUCAAGGCUGUGAUCUUCUCCAGAACCUACAGAACAUCACUCAAGGAGCCAAGAUUCCUCUUAUUGUUUGUGGGGACUUCAAUGCAGAGCCGACAGAGGAGGUCUACAAACACUUUGCUUCUUCCAGCCUCAACCUGAACAGCGCCUAUAAGCUGCUGAGUGCCGAUGGGCAGUCCGAACCUCCCUAUACCACCUGGAAGAUCCGGACCUCAGGGGAGUGCCGGCACACUCUGGAUUAUAUCUGGUAUUCUAAGCAUGCUCUUAGUGUCCGGUCAGCUCUUGAUUUGCUGACUGAAGAACAGAUUGGACCCAACCGGCUACCAUCCUUCAAUUAUCCUUCAGACCACCUGUCUCUAGUGUGUGACUUCAGCUUUAAUGAGGAACCUGAAGGACUUUUAUAA